AUGAUAGAAACUGGUGACAUAACACAAACAUACGUCACAGAUACGAUACUAAUCACUAAUCAGAGUACGACAGUCACCAACUGGGAUCAAAUAGCUCGACAAAUAGAAGCUGCCUAUGGUUUGCCAGUAGGCUCCGUAAGAAUCACUAGUAUUACGAUCAAUGGUAUUAGCACAAAUGCUGGUAAUGGUCGUCGUCGCCGUGGUGAACUUUACAGAAAAAAACGUCAACUAUCAACUUGUGAUCAGUUCGGAUUAGCUCGGUCAGCUGUGCAAAUCACAAUGCGUAUAGCUUACCCGAGAAGAUGUGGCGUAGCACCAGCUUGCAAACAAAGAUUUCUCAAUAACGUCUUAACUCUUUUUAAUACAUUUACUUCAAGUUUUCCAGCGACAUUCAUAUUUGCUAAUGGACGCUCCGUUCAACUCGUGUUAUACCCUUGCAGAGCAACCGGUGCUUUUCCGUUCAUCGUCGGUGGUGCAGGUGGUGCUAGAAUUACAACGACAACAAGAGCUCCUGUCUGUUCACUUCAAUGGAAUCCAGCAGGCACGACUGUAGCAGGUGAUGGUACGGCUGGUGUUGGAGCUCAACAGCUCAACCUUCCUACUGAUGUAUUUUUGGCAUCAGCUAAUACACUAUUUAUCGUUUGUACUGGGGCUAGCAGAGUUCAAAGAUGGACAAUAGGUGCUACCCAGGGUGUGACAGUCGCUGGUCAAGCAGAUGGAAGCGCAGGAGGAAACCCAAAUCAGCUCAGUAACCCUACUGGUGUCGUUGUCGACCGAAAUGGUAAUAUCUAUGUGACAGAUACCGUUCCUGGCCGAAUUCAGCUCUGGCCACCAGGAGCAGCUGCAGGCCAGACAAUUGCCGCAGGUAAGAUAGCUUGA